AUGCCUGCAUUCUAUCUUUUCCCCCAUCUCCCCUUCGAGCUUCGCGCACGAAUCUGGGAGUUGACAGUUGAACCACGCACAAUUAAGCUCCAUUUUAAGAGAGAGCGUAUAUCAUGGGGCAAGGUUCUAUAUGCAACCUGCUCAACACCGGUACCUGCAGUCCUUCAGGUCUGCCAUGAAGCCCGAAACCUGAGACUAUACCAGCAGGCAUUCAGCUUCUCAACAGUUGAGCCACGGUAUGUCUGGGUCAACUUUGAUAUUGAUAUGAUAUCAAUUGGGAACGCAUGUUUUGAUGCAAUUGAACCGGCUGAACAACUGCUGAUCCGCCGGCUUACCAUUCAGCGCCAGAACACAGCCUUCUUCUUCUUUGAGUCCCAGGAGCUAGAAACGUUUUCUAACCUGGAGGAGAUGCAUAUCAUCUGUGAGGAUGGCCUGGUGGCAUGGCGGGAUGCCUGGGAACAUAUUUCCUGGCCAUGUCCAAAAACGAUACUGAGAUUCGUUGACGAGGCGACGGGACAGAUUGCAGUUGGUGAGGACCUGGAUAGGAUGGUGGCUAAACAGAGCGCGUCUCUGCCUAAUGAUCCUGAAUGA